UUUUGAAGACACUACUAUUAAUUAAUUAGGCCUCUUUUUCUAUAUAAACACCACUCAUCCAAUUCACUUUCAUACAAUGGGUGCACUUGAUUACCUCUCCAACUUUUGUGAUACUGUAAGUGUAAACACCACCACCAUUAAGAAGACCAACCGCAAAGCAAUGCAGACAGUUGAGAUAAAAGUGAGAAUGGACUGCGAUGGUUGUGAAAGAAGAGUCAGAAAUGCAGUCACUUCGUUAAAAGGUGUGAAAUCUGUGGAGGUGAAUAGAAAACAAAGCAGGGUGAUAGUAAGUGGCUAUGUUGAUCCAAACAAGGUGUUAAAGAGGGUGAAGAGUACUGGGAAAGUAAGAGCUCAAUUUUGGCCUUAUGUUGAACAGCAUCUUGUGCACUAUCCUUAUGCCUAUGGAGCCUAUGACAGAAGGGCACCCUCUGGAUUUGUUAGAAACGUUGUGCAGGCUGCCCCUUCUAAUCAUCAAGAAGAGACACUUGUCUCCCUUUUUAACGAUGAUAAUGUAAAUGCAUGCUCCAUCAUGUAAUUCAUCCAUCUCAAACAUUUUCAUUCAUCGUCUCUCCAAUAUAAGUCUUGUUUGGAUCUUUAUAAAUAUCUUAACUAGUAGAACAAUACAAAUUGGAUUGGAUUGGGCUCUCCUAAAAUUAGUAGAUAGUAAUCAUUGAGAAAUUAAUUAGUAUUAUUUAAAAAACAAUCAAGAUAUGUUUCGAUUUAGAAUCGUAGAGAGACAAUGUCUUUGUAAAUAAAAUUGUUAAGGGCAAAAUCUGAAAUUGUACUACUAAUAUUAUCCGAUGCCCUGUCUAAAUCGUAGUCCAUA